AUGGGGGAGAAAAGAAUUGACAAAUAUCUGUUCAAUCCUAAAGAUCUUAUUGGAGAAGGUUCAUAUGCUUAAGUGUAUAGAGGACGAGAUGAAAAGACAGGAGUAAAAGUAGCGAUAAAAGUAUUAAACAAAUCAGUCAUAAAUGCGUAUUAAAGAUUAAUCGAAAUUUAGAGAUGAUUAUUUAAGGGAAGGUUUAAUCUCAGAGAUAAAAGUGAUGUAGAAAUUGAAGAGUCCAAACAUUGUGUAAUUAAUGGAUGUGAUGGAGACCAAUAAUAACUAUUAUAUAAUUUAGGAAUAUUGUGAUAGUGGAGAUUUAGAUAAAUUGAUUGAAAAGUAUUUAUAAUAAUUAUGAUUAGCUAUGGGGCUUAAAAGAAAACAAUGCCUGAGAAAGAUGCAGUAAAAUUUAUGAUUGAUAUUUUAAAUGGAUUUAUUUAACUAAUAAAGAAUGGUAUUAUUCAUAGAGAUUUAAAACCAGCCAACAUUUUAAUAGACAAAGGAGUAUAAAUAUUAAUUUUAUUCUAGACUUUUAAAUUAGCAGAUUUUGGAUUUGCAAAAUGUGUUGACAAUUUCAAAAAGGAUAUGUUAGCUUCAUUAGUAGGUACACCUCUAUAUAUGUCACCAUAAAUAUUGGAUAAUAAAAAAUACACAUCCAAAACUGAUAUUUGGAGUAUAGCAUUUAUCUUUUAUGAAGCACUCUAUGGUAAAAGUAAAAUAUUCUCUUUUUUAUUAUCUUUUAGCUCCUUGGACUGCUAGAUCACCUUAAGAACUCUUAAAAAAUAUUAGAAAUUAACCUCUAUAAUUUAAAGGACCUUAAAUAUCAAAAGAAGCCUAAGAAUUUCUAACAGGUUGUUUAUAAGCUGAAGAAAAAGAUAGAUUAUCUUGGGAUGAAAUAUAUAGACAUCCUUUAUUUAAAGGACAUUUCACCGAUUUUGUUAAAAAUGUAAGCAUUUUAGAGGACAAAGCUACCUAUUUAAUUAAUGAUAUAAGACAGAUGAUUAUUAAAGAAUAAAUUGACAUUGGAGAAUUAUUUGCUGAACUUGAUAUGACUAAAGAUAAAGCAUUAAAUGUUAAUGAAUUGGGUAAAUUCUUAUAAAGAGUUGAUAAAAAUCUUACAAGAGAAGAAAUUGAAUAUAUAUUCAAUAAAUUUGAUGAUGAUGGAAAUAAUCUAAUUGAAUUUAAUGAAUUCAAAAAAUGGUUAGAAGAAAAUGAUGUAAAAUAUUAUUCAGCUUUCUCUUUAGUGUAGAAUGACAGCAUCUGAAGUAAGCAGAACUAAAAAGAAAGUUAGUAUUCUCAUGAAACCAUAAUAAGAUAUUUAAGCAGGAUCUCUUGAUGAUAGAGUAAGAGUUGUAAUUGAAAAACUUAAGAUAUCCAUUGUUAAAUAUAAUAUCAAUCUUUUAGAUUUGUUUAACAAAGUAAACUUAUUUAUUAUUUCUAGUAUGAUAAAUCAGCUAAUCAUGAAUUAGAUGUCUAAGAAUUAGGUAAACUAUUAAAGAGAAUUGAUUAAACUGUCACAGAUGAAGAAGCAAAAGCCAUCUUUACCUUUUUUGAUCACAAUAAAGAUGGAUCCGUUUCAUUUAAUGAAUUUGAGUUUGUUUUGAAAGAAUGCUUAGUUAAAUAAAAAAUCAAAUAGUGACC